AUGAACGUGGUCAUUGUUGUACUGGCGAUUGCCAGUAUAGCGGUGUCCCGCCCGUCCCGCCCGGUAGACCUACCCGGUAGAGGUUACCCAUGUAAUAUGGGUAUGCUACCUGCACCACCACCUUAUCUCAGAAACCUUACUGAGGAAGCUCGUAGCGAGUACUUGGCAAUCAUUUCUAACAGAACUGAGACGAUUGCACAGCAGAAGGAGGACAUUCUCACUUGGGCCCAGAAAUAUGAUAUAGAGGAUGAAGUGCAAGAAUUCGAAUCCAACAUGAACGAUAUGCAAGACGAGGUCAGGCAGAACGUGACCGAACUCAUAGGCCAAUUGAGCGAGGCAUAUCCCGUCUUGGCGUUCGCUUUCAGCCAGUUCAGACCUGGACCAUUCGGAGGCGACGACAACAUUCCAACCGGAAGUUCAUGGGAGUCACCACAAGAUGGUUUCGAUGGACCCCCUCCACCUCCACCACCAGGAGGAAUCGGCCCAGAUUGGUCAGGAGAAAACGAUCCCUGUGAUUCUCCUCCACUAUUAGGAGUGCGGAUUCCCUGUGGACGCUCAUCACCUCCUUACCUCAGAAAUCUUACUGAAGAAGCUCGUAGCGAGUAUUUGGCAAUCAUUUCCACCAGGACUGCGACAAUUGCACAGCAGAAGGAGAACAUUCUCAGAUGGGCGCAGAACUAUGGAAUCGAGGAUGAAGUGCAAGAGUACGAAUCCAACAUGAACGAUAUGCAAAAUGAGAUAAGGCAGAACGUG